GAGCGCACUAGUGACGUGGCCGUCACGUGACCAAGAGCCGCCUAGAGCUCAAGUCCUGCUAGUCGUCUCCGUCUGGGUACCAGCCCCCUAUUACUCUGCAGGCGUGUGAAGAAAGAAGGAAACUAGCUCGGACUGUGCAGGUUUGUAGGUCUGCUGGCCUGUAAGGCUCGGCGCAAGUCUCAGCGACAGAAGGAGAAAACUGCCUUGGUUGGAACCUUGCAGGUCAGUGUGAAGACUCUUAUCUGACUAUCACCGUGGAAGGACCACUGACAACAGAAGAUAAGGGAAAACGAAGGAAUUUAUCCGACUUUGGUAGAGAUUCAUCACAAGAGAGCUACAGGAGCCUGGAAUAAGCUGAAGACUGCUACCCUCCACCAUUACUCAUCCUGGACCUAACAGACCUCUUCAAUCAGGUGGAGCAAGGCCCUCUCCUGUCCUGCCCCAAGGCUGGAACGGACUUGAGCAUGGGCCGGGCUCGGGAAGUGGGUUGGAUGGCGGCAGGACUGAUGAUUGGGGCUGGUGCCUGCUACUGUGUUUACAAAUUGACCAUAGGAAGAGAUGACAGUGACAAGCUGGAGGAGGAGGAGGAAGAGGAGUGGGAUGAUGACCAGGAGCUGGAUGAGGAGGAGCCUGAUGUUUGGUUUGAUUUUGAAACUAUGGCUCGGCCCUGGAGUGAGGAUGGAGAUUGGACUGAACCUGGGGCACCAGGUGGCACUGAGGACAGGCCCUCAGGGGGAGGCAAGGCCAACCGAGCACACCCAAUAAAACAGCGGCCCUUCCCCUAUGAACAUAAAAAUACUUGGAGUGCUCAAAACUGUAAAAAUGGCAGUUGUGUUCUUGACCUCUCCAAGUGUCUUUUCAUUCAGGGAAAACUGUUGUUUGCCGAGACCAAAGAGGAGGCAUUUCCAUUUAGCCAGAAUAUCAACAGCCAUUUGGCCAGCCUCUCAAUGCUCAGACACACGAUCCCCACUCCAGACCCGGCAGCUAGAGAGGCUUUGUGUGCCCCAGAUAACUUAAAUGCGAGUAUUGAAAGUCAGGGCCAGAUUAAGAUGUACAUCAAUGGAGUGUGUCGGGAGGCUGUGUCACGUUGCUGCAACUCAUUUCUGCAGCAGGCCGGAUUAAAUUUGUUAAUAAGCAUGACAGUUAUUAAUAACAUGCUUGCCAAGUCCGUUUCAGACUUGAAGUUUCCUUUGAUAUCAGAGGAAAGUGGAUGUGCUAAGGUUCAGGUUUUGAAACCGCUGACGGGUUUGUCUGAAAAGCCAGUCUUGGCGGGGGAGUUAGUCGGUGCCCAGAUGCUCUUCUCAUUCAUGUCCCUCUUUAUCAGAAAUGGAAACAGAGAGAUUCUCCUGGAAACCCCUGCCCCAUAAAGGGCCCUCUCGAACACACUGGGACCGAUUCCACUCAAAACGCGCUUGGUUUGCAGAUAGAUGUCAAAGAAUCUGCAGAGGGUGUCACUGAAGAUCCAGCCUUAGCCAAUCACCGCCUCAUUGGGUGAAAGUUCCAGCGCUCAAUCCAGGACCACGCUCUUAUUGGCCAGGCAGGGGCUCCCACCGAGCUUUGAGUAACUUCUUGGUUGUGCAGGCUGCAGGCAAUGUUGGCAUUGUAAAUUCCUCCCUGGCAGCCUCCUUCACGAGGUGAGGGGAUCACUUCGGCUGCCUGCUGUGGACAAAGAACAUCAAAUUACAGCAUCACGAGUGCUAUUGUUGCCUGUGGUGGUCUCCCUGCCCAAGCGGGACCGCUUUGCAGAGACCAGACGCGUAUCGCAGCUUGAGCUGAAAAUGCAUUUGUUGCAGCUUAGGUUGAAUUAUUUUUCGUUUACCCUUUCUUCUACACGCGCCUGAUGGUUGGUGAACCUAAUCAUCAAAAAAGUGUACUGCUCUUCUGUCUAUUGUACUGACUUAACCUCUUCCACCCAAGCCGGCAUCUGUGUGUAUCAUCAAUAAAGUUGUGUGCUUUGAUUGGCAGAAAA